GUGCUGCUGGGAUGGGGGGGGGUAGCAGGCGGGCUUUAGUCUGUACGCAGCAGUAAGAGCCGAGCUGCUAGUAGGCGAUAGACGCGAGAAGUACCAGUUGCCGCUGUUCGUGCUGCAAGGACAAGCAAUCCAGUCCUGCUGCCUGCCGCCAAGGGGGGGAAAAUACGAGGAAAACUUGACGGUCGUCGUCCGGCAUUGCUGCUUGCUCCGCCAUGCCGAAAAGAAAGGUAAACGCAACUGAGGAAGAGCCUAAGAGGCGAUCAGCACGACUGUCAGCUAAACCUGCUAAAGUUGAAACAAAGCCCAAAAGGGGACCUUCAAAGGAUAAGUCUGAGGAAAAGAAAGCCCAAAUCAAAGGGAAAAAGGGAUCAAAGGGGAAACAAACUGCAGAAAUUAACAAAGAUGAAGUAAAAGAUCACUUGCCUGCAGAAAAUGGAGAAACAAAAAGUGAUGAGGUCCAAAUACCUGAGGCAACAGGAGAAAAAGAAGCAAAAUCUGAGUAACAUCUUGUACAAAGUCUUUUAAUUAGUGGUUCUUGUACCACUAUCUUGUACAAUUCAGAGGAAUAUUUUUAUCAACUAUUUUGUAUAUGCAAGUUUUUUAGUGGUUUUAGAAAACACAUUUUUAAACAUGAAAGGAUCCCCCCAUAUCCCACUCACUAUAACUUGAGUGUAAAUGCUUUGUUUAAAAGGAAAAAAUAAUGUACUGGUUGUUUGUCUUCACAGACAGCAAUUUAGAAUGCAAAAGAAAGAUCUUAAAAUUGUGAUUACUUAACAUUCUACAGGUCAGGGUGGGCAAAUUAAAAUUUACAUGUGGCCCUCCAAUGUUAUUUUUAUGCAGUAUUUUAGUUUAUAAUAAUGAAUUUAGCUAUUUGCUUAGCCCUUCCAGCUGCAGAAAUGAAUUUAAAUUUAUAAUGGAAAAAUGUUUAGUAUCUAUUGGUAUGUUCUCCUGAGACAAAAUAAUUGCUCGCCUCUGCUGUAGAUUUGAGGGAUGGUUUUUACAAUCUUUUAACAAGCAUGCACCGACUUUGUAAUUAAUAGGAAAAUGUCUUCACACAACACUUACUCUUGAUUUGUCACAAAUUAAUUGCUUCCUCAAUAAAAACUGUUCCCUGGUGUUGGACCUCCAUUUCAGAUUAGUUUUAUCUGUGACAGAGUUAUUUUUGGUAGUGGUAGUUUAUUUUUUCAACAGCUUUGUAACUGUAUUGUGAAAAAUUGGAAAUCUGGGUGUGUAGCGUGUGUUGUUAAGUUUCUGAGUAGGUAAGACUUCUGGUUAAGCAGAUGUAACUUCACAAAAAGUAUUUUAAAAACUGGUACUUUUCUAUUUUGAAAAAAUAGUAUAUUAAAAGUCAUAGUAACUUGUUAAAUGACAACUAUAUGGUUUACGUUGAAAUUAUUGGAAGAAAAUUCUGUACAAACUGAUUUAUCAAACAACCAAUAAAAUCCUGGUUACGAAAA